AUGGAUACUACUCGUUUAUUCUUUAAUAUUAUCAAGAAGAAGUCUUGUUUAUGGAUAUGUCCCGAAGACUUUUUACCUAUCCUAGAAGACAUCGUCAUGAAUCAUCAAGGACUCAGUUUUUUGGUGGAUAAUACAAUGUUUCAAGAAAGAUAUAUUGAAACCGUUAUCUGUAAAAUAUUCUAUGAUGCCAAAUGCUAUACGGGUCGAAUGAACCUUGCUCAAUUCCGUCAAUCUCAGUUUACAGAAACAAUUCAAUCCUUGAACGCAGAGACCGAUUUGAACCAUGUGCAUAAUUGUUUUUCAUACAAGGAUUUCUAUGUGCUGUAUUGCAAGUUUUGGACACUUGACCAGGAUCAUGACUUGUUGAUAUAUGAGAAUGAUUUGCUUAAUUAUAAUGGCGGUAUCUUAUCCGAGAAAUUGAUACAUCAAAUUAUACAACGAGGCCGAAUACCCGCAUUCUCUAGGCGUCAAUCUAAACCAAACACCUUGACUUAUUUAGAUUAUAUAUGGUUCCUCAUUUCUGAAGUUGAUAAAAGUACGCCUGUAGCCAUUGAAUAUUGGUUUCGUUGCUUGGAUGAGGAUGGUGAUGGCAUUAUUACAUGCUAUGACUUGGAACAACAUUGGAAAGAUCAAGAGAAAAGACUUAGACACAUGGUUGAGAUAUAUCGUUAUCAUUUUGAAGAAUUUAUUAAAUUUGAAGACAUUAUGCGUCAAAUAAAUGAUCUCGUUCAGCCCAAAGUGCCAGGUCAGUUUCGUCUGUUAGACUUGAAAAAGAAUGGAUUGAUUGCAGAAAAGUUUUUCGAUACGUUUAUAAAUUUUGAUAAAUUUCAAAUUCAUGAUGCUUACCAGACGCUGUAUCGCGCCAAUCCUCAUUUGACUGGCAGAAAGAGUGUCAUGCAGGCACUGUCAGAGAGUGUCGUUGUAGAACCAUUCACACUUGGAUCAUGGUAUGAAUAUGCAGAUCAAGAGUACCAAUAUCUUGUAUUAAAUGAACAAGAGGAUGACUGGUCUAUUCAAUUACCAGAGAAAGAAGAAAAGGAUAUAGAAUGCGUAAUAAUAGACGAAGAAGAAGAGGAAGAAGAAGCAGGAAGUGACAGUGACAACAGUACACCUUCAACACCCAAAUUAGAACCAAACAGCUCACAAACAGAUAAAGAAACAACUCAAGGAAAGGAGGAGGAAGAAGAAGGAGAGCAAGGAAAAAAUUGGAUCUGGAAUUCAGUUUUAUAA